AUGGAAUCUACAUCGAGCAAGAAUGAACAGAAUCAAGAAGAUUCGGAUUCUUCAGAAAUGGAUGAGAUAGAACCUAGAUUAAAGUAUGUGAGGAUACGCAAUGAUCUGGAACAUAUCCUACAAAAUGAUGCAGCUAGCUGCAUUGCUGUACAUCCAAAGUUUCUUUGUCUAGGAUCACAUUGGGGAAUGAUUCACCUUCUAGACCAUCAAGGAAAUAACAUAAAAUCUAAGAUGCUACAGGCACAUACAGUAGCAGUCAAUCAGAUAUCAAUAGACUACAAUGGGGAUUUUAUCGCCUCUUGCAGCGAUGAUGGAAAGGUUUUCAUUUAUGGACUGUAUAGCACAGAGAAUAAUCACAAUAUGAGCAUGGGCAGACUAGUCAAGAGUAUAGCGAUUGACCCAAAUUAUAAGAGUGGCAGCGGUAGAAGAUUUAUCACAGGUGAUGACAAGCUGGUGCUUUACGAGAAGACUUUUUUGGCUAGAAUGAAGCCAACGGUUCUCUGUGAAGCAGAGGGAGGAGUCAGAUCUGUCGCGUGGACGAGUCGUUUUGUCGCGUGGGCUUCUGACACCGGUGUAAGAGUCUAUGAUCUUGAUGCUAGAUGUUCAUUGGGACUCAUCAAGUGGUCUUGUACCACAGAGGCAUCACCAGAACACUAUCGAUGCAAUUUACAGUGGUCGGACGAUAAAACGCUGUUGAUCGGGUGGGUAGAUAUUGUGCGCAUCUGUCAUAUUAGAAAACGCACCAUGCAAGAAAUGGUCAAUCGAGAUUUGCCCGAAUUUGUAGUGGAUCCAGUAUCGACAUUCCAAGUAGAUUUUUAUAUAUCCGGUAUAGCGCCAUUGAGGAAUCAACUAGUAUUAUUAGGAUGCCUAAAAGAGCCAGAUGAAGAUGGAAAGAAUCAACGUCCAACUUUACAUGUGGUUGAACCAAAAUAUCAGGAUUUCUCAGUAGUAUGUGCAAACUCGCUUACCUUACGUGGUUACAAGGAAUAUAGCUGCAAUGAUUACCAUUUGGAUUGUUUAAAAGAGGAAAAUAGAUUUUUUAUUGUAAGUCCAAAGGAUAUUGUAGUGGCCAGUUUGUAUGAUACAGAUGACAGAAUCGAGUGGCUAUUGAGCCACGGAAAGUUUGAGCAAGCUUUGGAAGCUGUAACAACAAAUAAUGCCAAAGAUUGCAAGAGGCAUACUGUACUAGACGUGGGGCGUAUUUACUUGGAUCACUUGUUAGCAUGCGAAAAGUACGAUGAGGCUGGAAAACUUUGCCUUAAAGUUUUAGAAAGGGAUAAAAAAUUGUGGGAAGAAGAGGUUUACAAAUUUGCCAGAGUGCAUCAAUUGCGUUCAAUCUCGUCUUAUCUUCCUCGGGGUGACGUUAUCCUCGAUCCGCUAAUUUAUGAAAUGGUGCUGUAUGAAUAUUUGAAAAUGGAUCCCGACGGUUUCUUGCAAUUGGUCAAGGAAUGGUCUCCAAAUUUGUACACAGUAGCGGCGGUAGUUAAUGGCGUAUUGGAGCAUUUGCUCGUUCACAAUCAACGACAGAACGUGUUAUUGGAAGCAUUAGCCAUUCUAUACAUCCACGAUGGAAAAUAUGAUAAAGCACUCGCUAUGUAUUUGAAGCUGCGUCACAAGGAUGUCUUCCAAUUAAUCCAAAAGUACCAGUUGUAUAAUUCAGUAUAUGACAUGAUCGAAGGUUUAAUGGAUCUGGACACGGAACGUGCCAUACAAUUUUUUUUGGAGAAGGACAGAUUGCCGUCUGACGUGGUUGUACAAAAGUUGCAACAUAAUCAUCGUUAUUUAUAUUUGUAUCUAGACGCAUUAGAUAAGAGAGACACAAAGGAUUCGAAGGGAAAGUACCAUGGUCUUCUGGUACGAUUGUAUGCUGAUUAUUCGAGGGAUAAAUUACUGCCGCUUUUACGUCGCUCCGAUAAUUAUCCAAUACAACAGGCUUUGGAUAUUUGUAGCCAGCGUCGAUUUUAUCCAGAAAUGGUGUAUCUGUUGGGCAGAAUCGGAAAUACUUCAGAAGCCUUGGCGCUCAUGACAAGAGAGCUUAACGAUAUGGAAAGUGCAAUUGCAUUUUGCCAGGAACAUGACGACGAAGAGUUGUGGAAUGAUCUAGUUAAUUAUUCACUUGAUAAACCUGCGGCUAUAACAUUUCUUCUCCAAAAGAUCGGCACUUACGUUGACCCUAGACUUAUGGUGCAAAGAAUAGAACCUACUUUGGAAAUUCCAGGCUUGAAGAAAGCAUUGGUUAAAAUGAUGUGCGACUACAAUUUGCAGGUGUCUGUGCAAGAAGGUUGCAAGAAAAUACUGUCCAACGAUUAUUUUAAUCUUCACGAGCGACUUGUUCGUUGUCAUCAAAAGGGCAUAUUUAUCGACGAUGAUCAAAUGUGUGGAGCUUGUCAUAGGAAGAUAAUUGUAAGAGAGCCGCGGAAUAUGGUUGUAUUUUAUUGUAAGCAUUGUUUUCAUGAAGAUUGUCUACCCAAUUUUAAUUUGGUUGAAAAUUGUGUGAUAUGCAAUUCGCAAAAAGAGAUGACACCUGGUAGAAAAUGAUAAAGUGAUGACGCAGUCAAGAAACUCUGUAGGUUGGCCACCAUUAUGCUGCGCAAGAGUACACCCUUGUCAGAGAGAAAUCUGAGAGGCCAUCUCGACUUAUUUCAUGAGACCGUCAAAAUCCGCGUACAUUAUUACCACCAGUAUAUCCAUUUUUGAAAUUUGUGCUACAUAGCACAUCUAUUUUGCAAUGCUGUCGAUAAAAGCUUUAAAUUUAUGCCAAAAUUAUAUGCCCGCCAUAUGAUGGGGGUAAAAAAUAUAUAGUUUUUUAUUCCUACCAUAUAAUUUUGGCAAAAAUUUAGAUUAUUUUUAUAUUAUAUAUUUUUUUUACGCCCACCAUAUAAUUUUGACACAAAGAUAAACCAUUUCGAUUGGUAUAACUAUUUUCGUUAAUCAAAAAUACAAAAAAAAUUAAUUACGAAUUCAAAUAAACAUAGAUUACUUUCAUAUCCAAAUAUUUAGAGAGCAUUUCAGUAUCUUGCAUCCACCAUUUCUUUAAUGGAAUUUGGGCGUUCAUGUUUUCAUUCGUUUCAUUCUGCAUUAACAAACUUUUAUGUACAAUUAUAUAUGGUGCUUCUAUCGAAUUGUACACAAGUAUUUAUCCUUGUGAUGAUAAACAUUGACUUCUUGUAUAAGUCUAUUUUCUUUGUAAAUCUUGUGUUUGAUAGUGUAUGCUUUCUGAUGAAUGCUAUAUAGUUUUACAUUUUGUAAUAUAGUACAUAUCUGCAUUAAUAUUAUUUAUUAUUUCAAUAAUUUUAUUUUUUUCUCUUUUUCUAUUUAACGUAUAAUGCAUUUUUUUUGAAAAAUAAAAACAAUAUAAUUCGAAAAAAUCUGAAUAUUUUUCAGAUUGUUUUCAUAUCAUAAUUUUUAAUAUACUUAACGAUAUUUACACUAAUAAACUAUUAGACACAAGUAUUUGUACUAGUAUAUACUAUUUAAUAUAUUAUAUUAUCAAAACACUUUAUUGUCUUUUUUUCAAUUGUUGAGCUUAUCUUCGAAUCACUAUCAUUUCAUUAAUAUGUAAUUGAUAAAUAAUAAUGUUGCACUUUUUACUAUAUCCUGCGUGGUUUUUUAAUUAACAAGAAAUAGAACUUUGCCGCAUUUAUAAACGAUACCGCGUGAUAUUUAUUCGAUUCUAUUACAACAGAAAAAGAAUUUAUUUCAGAGUAAAUACGAAAAAGUAUUCAAAAAUUUGCAUCUUUUCUAGAUGUUUUCAUGUAUGCGAAUUUUAAUACAUUCUAAAAUUUCUCAUUCUAUAAUUUUAAGAAAAUUUAGAAUUUUCAUAAAUUUAACAUAUGAAAAAUUCUUAAAAAUAUUAUUGAAAUGUUAUGAGAAAAAUGUUUACCGGAGUAUAUUUUUAAGUUUCUUCUAAUGCAAUUUAGUGUAAUAUACGUUUAUAAAAAAAAAUUCUAUUAACUUUUUAUUUUGUUAUGUAUCUGUAAAGAUGUUAUCAAUUAGGUGAAAAGCAACAUAAUAAUCGAUAUUAUUUUUACAUAAUGUUAAAAAAAUUAUUAUUUGUAUAAAUAAAAUAUAUAUAAAAUAAGAACGCAAUAUUGAUAUCAAUAAUUAGAUAACAUCAUUAUUUUUCAUUCAAUUAUGUUAUGUUCUUAUAUGUUUUACAAUUAGACAAAUGAUAAUUUUUUAUAUCGGAAGAGCAAAUUAUUUAUUUUUUUCCAUGUACAAUAUUGAUUAAUGAAUAAAUUUACCAAUGCAGAA